AGGGAGGCAUUCACACCUGACAACACCCGAAUCCUCUCACCCCUCCGACCCAAACCAGCCCCAGACACCACCAUGUCCGGCUCCUGCUGCGGCUCCACCUGCUCCUCCCUGGGCUGCGGGGGAGGCUGCUGCCAGCCCUGCUGCUGCCGCGACCCCUGCUGCUGCCGCCCCGUGAGCUGCCAGACCACCGUGUGCCGCCCCGUGACCUGCACCUGCCGCUGCACGCGCCCCAUCUGCGAGCCCUGCCGCCGCCCCGUCUGCUGUGACCCCUGCUCCCUGCAGGAGGGCUGCUGCCGCCCCAUCAGCUGCUGCCCCACGUCCUGCACGGCCGUGGUCUGCCGCCCCUGCUGCUGGGCCUCCACCUGCUGCCAGCCCAUCUCUGUGCAGGCGCCCUGCUGUCGCCCCCCCUGCUGCCAGCCUGCCCCCUGCCGCACCACCUGCAGGACCUCCUGCUGCUGAACCACCCAUUGAGAAGCAUUCCCAGGUGUUCAGAAACAUGUGAACACUCUUUCCCACCCCAAGGGAUCAGAUGAGAUACGUCCCUUGCAAACUACCUGCUCUUCAACAACUAACAACAGUAGCUGUCUAUCCUUUUUCCCACAUAAUUACCCAGUUAAUCCUGGCCCUCUUUGACAAUCUUUAGAAACAUCCCAGCUUUCCUCAUUUGAAUUCCUGGCCUGAAAGAAAAUGAGUGAACAAAGAUCAAAGUUCUUCUUGAAUGAAGCUCUAUUCCACUGACUCAUCAUCACAUCUCUACUAUUUCAAGAUGGGAUAAUUUUCCAGGAUAUCAUUACAUUUGUGCUGGGGUUUCACAUGGUAAAAUAAUAAAAAUUUUAUCUCUGGGAAGCAAACGUGUUUCUCUUUAUUGUUUAUUAAUCUUCAAAAGCUUUUUUUAGCUUAAGGUAUGGUAUGCAGAAUCAGAAGAACCAAAGGAAGAAGGAUUUUUUUCAAGGGCCUUUUUUUUGUUUGUUUUUUUAGCUUUAGGAACAAUUCAGGUGCAAGGUCUAUAAUUUUAAUAGUAGUUUAAAUAAUACAGAAUAUCUCAUGGGAGGCACCUUCAUAUCUGAAGUCACAAGUUUUGUGGUGAUGCUGAGGAAAUAAGACUACAGCAGUUUCUCUGAUCAUGAACUUGACCCAUGAAUCAUCCCCAUACAUGUGAUAAGGGGGAGGAAGCCUAAGUCAGAGCUAUGUUUAUACCCUGAUUUAGGAAACUGUACCAUGAUUAAUACUAGUUGGUACCUGGGAAUGCUGAACCACUGAAGGCCUAGGCUGGAAGAACCACUCUCCCAUCUUUCCCAAGGCUCCCCUCCAGCACCACUAUGGUCAAUUCUUUUUUUAAAUGUUUACUUAUUUAUUUCAAGAGAGAGCUUGAUGUGGGGCUUGAUCUCACAAACCAUGAGAUCAUGACCUGAGCCAAAAUCAAGAGUCAGACGCUUAACUGACUGAGCCACCCAGGUACCCCUGGCCAAUUCUGAUUAUAAUAAGGUCACUGCUGCUGGGAAGAGAAGGAGAUAUGUAGCUUAGCUGGAACAAUUCUAAAUUAGAACUCCAAAUCACUUUACCAUUAAAACAAUGCCAAUGUCGUUGAAAGAUUAAACAUUAAUCCACACUGGAUAUGCUUUUGUUGUUGUUAAACACUUAGGCUGGUCAGUAAACCAACCACUAGUGUUUUUCUGAGAAAUACACAUUGAGUUCCCAGCAUAUAAUCUAAAGGGGUUUUUGGAAUGUGUUGCUUGUCUCCUUGGGCAUAUCUACCUGCCCAGAGAGAGGAGGCAAGCCAGGUAAGCUUUGUGAAGGCCUGGAACUUGACUGACUUUGUCCACCACUGGAUUCCCACUGACCAGCACCAUGUUUGGCACGCAGGAUUUUAAUCAAAAUUUGCUGAAUGACUGAAUAAGUUCUACAGGGUUAGAGGAGAGAAAAACAUCUUCAUCCCUCAUUGAUUCUCUCCUCAUGCUGGACUCGUGCAUUCUUACAAUAAAAUAAAUAAGCUUUCUCAUGAAGGAAAGUACUUUUCUUGAAAUACAGUAAAAAUUUCUCAACAAGAAUCCCAUUGUGUUCAAAACAUCUGCAUACACAAUGGUUUUCUCUUUAGUAAGGGUUUGAUGGUUUACUGGUAGAUGGGCUCACAAAUCCAGUUUCUUUCUACAUGUUCUUGAACACCAUUUUUAAAAGUCUCUAACUACAUUGUUUUCCUCCUCUCAGAAUUUUCCUGGUUAGCCUUCUAGAAAAUUCCUAUUCUUAUAAUAUAUUCUCAGAUGUGGAAUGCUUUGUGUACUCCCAAGCUCCUCAUUAUUAUGAGAUUGUGUUUGUUUCCCCAGUAACUCCAUGCCAUGGUUAGCCACA